AUGAAUCCCUCAGUCUCCCUCUGCCUAGGUGGGUCUCUUCCAGCCGCGCUACACGCCAGAGCAGUCGACCUCAGAGGAAGCUCGCGGCCCUCGCGCUCUUCGUCGUGCGAAGAAGGUCGACCCUUCAGUUUCAAUCACGCGCUGGACGGUUUGAGCUCUUGCGCCGCUUCGACGGACUUGAAAUCCGGUUCUUGCGUUCACGCGGCCGCUAUAAAACGUGGGUUCGACGCCGACGUCAUCGUCGGGAAUACCCUGUUGAAUUUCUACUCGAAAUGUCGGCGUGUGGUCGAUGCUGCUAAGGUGUUCGAGUAUAUGCCCGAAAGAACGGUGGUGUCGUGGACGUCCAUGAUGUCUGCCUUCUGUGAGCUCGGAGAAAGUGACAAGGUGAUCUCUAUGUAUCGGCAGAUGCUCCAAGAAGUGGACUCUAAUGAGUUCUCGCUGUCCGUGCUUCUGAAGGCUUGUGCACGGAAAGGUGAUCCCAGAUUGGUUGAAUCGGUCCAUUGCUGCGUUGUUAAGGGAGGACAUGGCAUAGAUGGUUUCUUGAGUAAUGCCUUGGUGGGUGCUUAUGCGAAAUCUGGAUGUAGGUUGGUUGCUGAGAGACUGAUUGGAGAGAGCGAGGGCGGGGAUGUGGUCUCUUGGACGUCGCUCAUCUCUAGGGCAGUGGAAGAGGGAGAAGUGGAGACGGCCAUGAGCUAUUUCUUUAGGAUGCAAGAAGAUGGGGUCGCUCCAAAUGAAAUAACGAUUUUGAGCGUCCUGAGGGCGUGCUCCUUGAUCAACGGACUUCUGGUCUUCAAAUGGGUACAGGGCUUGAUUAUGAAAGUGGGAUGGUGCUUGGAUGAUUUUGUAUUGAAUUCUCUGUUGGAAAUGUACUUGGUUAAUGGGUAUUUCUUCGAAGGAAUGCAGAUUUUCUGCAACUAUAUGUUCUUAGAAAAUGGAUAUGCCCAUUCUGCAUUCGAACUCUUCAAAAGGAUGCCUGUCAAAGACAUCGUUUCUUGGAAUUCCAUCAUUUCUUGUCUUGCAAGAAAUGGAAACUACAGCGAGGCCUUAUUGCAGUUCAAAAAGAUCCACUGCAAUGGAGGCAAUGAACUAAGCCGCCCUGAUUUUGUCACGGUGUUGGCAAUGCUUCAGGCCUGCUCAGAAAUAUCAUCAUCUCAGCUAGGUCAGAUGUUCCAUGGAUACAUAACCAAAACAGGAUUGGUUUGUGAUGUUUUCGUGCAGAACUCUCUAAUUGACAUGUAUGGAAGGACCGGAAGAUUAGAUUUAGCAAAGAGUGUCUUCCAGGACAUGCAAAUUAAGGAUCUGCCUUCCUAUAAUUCUCUGAUCACAGCGCUGGGAAUCAAUGGAGCCGGGCCAUCUGCUCUUAGGGCAUUCGACAAAUUGAAGGAACUGAAAACAAUCCAACCAAAUGGAGUUACAUUCAUCAACGUUCUUUCAGCAUGCGGCCAUGCAGGAAUGGUUGAAGAAGGGCUCGAAUUUUCUACUCCAUGA